CUCUUCCCAUCCACCCUCACCCGCCCACCAGUUGGUUCCUGCUUGAUAUGUGGCGAUAAGAGCAGCGAAGAAACUAAAGAAAGAAGGCCUAAACAGCCCUUUUCUCUCAAGAUCUGCAUCGUCCAGUUCUGCAGUUUCACUCCCAUACGACUACCAUGCUCCACCUGACUGCAGGCCGCCUGGGAAGCUUCAUGGCCAGGCGUGCCACAGUGGCUUUGACCAGCAGUGGCGUGAGGAUGGCGAGCCACGGCCACGAGGUGACAGAGACGGUGGACAUGUCUCAGCCAAUGUACUGGGACCGCCGGGACACCCCUCUGCCUGACAGAGCCUACAAAGAUGUCCUGACUGACGCUGACAAGAGCCUGAAACAGAAGGAGAAAGGACCCUGGAGCCAGCUGACCAAAGAGGAGAAGAUCGCCUUGUACCGGCUGAUGUUCCAUCAGACCUACCCGGAGAUGAACCAGAUGUCAGCAGAGUGGAAGACUGUGAUGGGGGGCAUCUUCCUCUUCCUGGGCUUCACUGGCCUGGUGGUCUGGUGGCAGAGAGUUUAUGUCUACCCCACACGCCCCAGGACCUUUGACGACGAGUGGCAGGCCAAGCAGCUGAAGAGGAUGCUGGACAUGAGGGUCAACCCCAUCCAGGGCAUCUCAUCCAAGUGGGACUACGAGAAGGGCCAGUGGAAGUAGAGGCCGUGGCUGAGGCGGGGCAGAGUUUGGACCUGUCACCUCAGAGACACGUCUGUGAAGCUGCUGUUGUUUGAAUGUUGCAUUACAGCUGUCAGAACCACUAGAAAGAUGGGGUCUGUCCACCGUCAGUCAGCAUCUCUGGGGUCAUUUUACUCUGUGCCACCUGUGGCUCUCAGUCAGUCGCCUCUUCUCCAGCCACCAAAGCCUUCUGUCAUGGUGACGACUGUGUCCAUCCUGUUAUAACCACAUACAGUAAUAAUAAAGUUUUGCUUAUGUCUCUGUCCAAAAACAACA